GGGGGGGGGGCAGUUUCUGGAGGACAGGAAGCAGCUGACGUGAUAGCCAGAGGAGCUGAUCACGAGCUGGAUUGAGCACCAGCCGGUGCUUUCUUCGCCCCCGUUUUGAGAAAGGGGUGGGGAAUGACGACGUUUGAAUGCCCCGUGAAAAGGGCGGUAUCUGAGGACAAUGGGUAGGGAGUUACUUCCGGAGUAGGUGUAGUGUCAGCAGUAGUUUGCUUUCUUAGUGCUAGUGGGAGGAAGUGUGUAAGCAGAGCUGUAUGCAGGUUCAGACGAGCCCAUCUUAGAUGGCUGACUAGGACCGGGAGAGACCUUGGUGAGGAAGUGGCAUUAGCGCUGUGGAGGGACGGGUCACUCAGUAGCCAGGGGUGCCUGCUCUCCUGUUGUUCCAGAGGAAGCUGACGUUCCUUUUUCCGCCUUAGGGCAGGGGUGAGGACGUCGGAGGGAGCGUGCUGAGAGACUGACCUGUAUACGUAGGUGAACUCGAUCUCGGUUCCCUGGCUCGGUGGGAGGGGGAUUACAGAGGUCUCUAGCUAAUGCUGAAGAGCUUAAUUCCCGGGCUGAGUGCCCCCUUCAGGAGUGAUACAGUAUGUGUGCAUGUGUACGUGGGGUGAGAGAAAUGGACCUGGCACAGCCUGUGGGGGCUGCGGAGCAGCCGUCGCUCUUUGUUCCAGCUGGAGAGGUUUUAGAAGAUCUAGCCCUAUCUAGUAGCCCUCCAGAGAGGGAGGAGGAUCAGCAGCAGGAUGAUGAUGCAGGAGACAAGAACAGCAGCUGUCCCUGGGAGCAGAAUCUAAGUCCAGAGCUGCAGCAGGGGUACCGCAUCCUAUGUGAGUUUCUCCUGGAGAAGCACCGGCCGCUGACAGCACCUUUUCUGAAGCCACUCACGGAUCAGGCAUCUAUCAGAGAUGAAGGAGGAACUGUAUCCCAGUCAGUUUAUAACAGCAAUUGCUCCUUUCAGCAGUCAUCAGCUGGAAUGUGGCUGCUGAAGAUGGAAGAGAAAUUUUCCAGUGGGCAGUACACGGGGAUAACAGAUUUUGUGGCUGACUUUCGACUGAUGCUGGAGAUGUGUUACCGGCUUCAUGGUGUGGAUCACUGGCUCUCCAAACAGGCCCAGAAGCUGGAGAUGAUGCUGGAACAGAAGCUGGCGCUGUUGUCCCGGCAUUUGAGAGCAAAAACAACAAUAGCUGUAACAUCAAGAGGGUGCUAUGGGCUGGAAGAUGAGAAGGGAGCAGCAUGCACUUCAACAAGACGUCGCUCCGCACCUCGCGCUUUAGUAGGCUUAACAGCAGGUGUCUUUGAGUCCAUAAUGGUCCAGGUUCUGAGACAAGAAGAACAGCUGAGAGCAAAGGAGGAAAAGAGGCUGAGAGAGCAAGAAAGAAAAGAAGCAGAAGAAGCUAGUCAGAAAGAAAUGGAAGAAUGGGAAAAAGCACUUUUAGCUCAAGCAGCACCUACAAGGAUGGAGACAAUGUGGGAAAUUCCAGCUAUUGGUCACUUCCUUUGUUUAGCACAACAGAUUUUAAACUUACCUGAAAUAGUGUUCUAUGAAUUGGAGCGUUGUCUUCUGAUGCCUCAGUGUAAUGCUUUUUUAGCUAAAAUAAUGACUUCUUUGUUAAGUCCUCCUCAUCGCAGAUCUACCUUGCAUCGAAAACCGACACUUCCUUAUGGUACUUGGGAAGCAGCACUUAGACAGAAAGUACAGCAGUGGUAUACUCUUGUAGGGCAAACUGAUGACCCCAGUGGCUGUGCAGAAAAACUUGGGCUGUGUCCCCAAUUUUUUGAAGUCCUUGGAGAAGUUAAUCCUUUGGAGGAAAAACCAUUUCACGAGCUCCCGUUCCACCAAAAAGUGUGGCUGCUAAAAGGUCUCUGCGACUUUGUGUAUGAAACGCAAAAAGAUGUCCAGGAUGCUGUGCUAGGUCAGCCUAUCCAUGAAUGCAGAGAAGUAAUCCUUGGUUAUGACUACUUUGAGAAUGCCUAUGUUCAUUUUCCACAGUUCUGUGGUGCAGAUGUUCGAAUUUACAAACAAAAACCUUUUCAGGCCCCAGAAUUUCCAACUCCUGCCAUCAAAGUAAAAAAAGUACCACGGAUUAAAUUGGAGAAAGCAAAAUGUGAACAUGUAAACAAAAGCAAUGGGGAAGUUGCAUCUGAUGGCAGAGAAGAGCUGCUACCUUGUGCCAACACAGAACCAGGGAAAAGUUUUAAUUACACUGUUUGCUGUCCAGGAAAAAAAACUCAAUUGGAUAGCUUUAGUGUCACCACAGAAGAAAUAAAACUUAACUGUGAAAUAAAAACUCAAAGAGUCUGUGACAUCAAAAAAGCUGGUUCCUGUAAAGAGAACUUGGAGAAGACGAUUAGCCCAGGAGAGAUCGUUGGCUUUGGAGAACUACUUGGCACAGGAGAAAUUAGGGUUGUAGAAAAUGGGGAGAACUGUGAUGAAGCUUCCAUAGUAAAAACUGAGCCCAGCCUAUUAAAAGAGAAUACCCUGACAACCUGCCAAAUGCAUGUCAAUGGCAGUCAUAAUGGCAAUCCAGAAAUGAUUUGCCACAAAACUGCUAAAGAAACAAUGUUGGAGAACUCGCUGCGAAAUAAUAAGAAACUAAAACUUGCUAAAAUGCUGGCAAAAAAGAAGAAAAAGAAAAAAAAGUUAAAAGAUACUUUAAAUGAAAAUCUACAGAGAAAACUUGAUGACUUGCAAAGGAAGCGUGACAUUCAUCCUCAUCCAUUCAAAUCUUAUAAAUCUGAGAUCCAGAACAAGUUGUUUAUAAUCAAAAAGACAGCAAAACACAAGCAUAAAUCUGGAAAAAAGUCCAUAUCUAAAAAAGCAAUCAAAAAGAAGAGGAAAGCUGUUGCAAAGUCUACUGUACCAGAAUUUCAGCUUAUUUGCACUAACCUUGAUGAACUCAGGGAAUUAAUCAAAAAGAUUGAGAAUGAACUUGUGGAUCUGGAGGACAUGAAAAAGAAAUCGGGAAGAUGGUACUAUCGAAAGCAAGCAGUAAAGGAAUUACAUAGUACAUUGAUACGACUGCUUAAUGAACUGUUACCAUGGGAACUAAAGCUAACAAAAGCUUUUCAAAGAAACAGGUCUCGACUGAAGAGAGACUACGAUGACUUUCAAAGACAGACAGACCGUGAUAAAUUUACCAGAGAAUUAUGGAGUAAUGACAAAAGUGAGGGUGAUGCUGACAAAGACUCUUUUGAAGUAAUAACCAGUAAACCUUCGGAGUCUGCAGAACAUGAGGAUGUUUCCAAAAAAGAUCACCCAGACUUUGAUGAAAUGAAACUGUUAGAGGUGGUUUUACCUGCAGGAAAAAGCAGACUUCUAAAAAAAAAAUGGACUUCUAAAGAAAUACAUAAGACACUGACCAAAUCUGUUAAACAACAGUCCAAGCAGAACAGUUGUCUGGAUGAUAGCACAAAUGAACUUUCACUGAGGAAGAAAGCUAAGUUGAGCACAACUGAGGCUGUAGUCCAGAGUUCAGAAAGAGGCAUGCAGACAGACAGUUGUUUGACUGAGCUGAAACAAUAUGAACAACCAGCUCCAGAUUCAUUUUCCCUGUCAGAUCCUGCAACAUCAAUAUCAAAUUUUCUGAAAGGGACCAAACCCAUCCAGGCCUUGCUUGCCAAGAGUAUUGGAAACAAAGUGACCUUAACGAAUCAACUGCCACUUCCCCUAGGCAUAAAUGUAUCUACUUCUGAAAAAACAGUUAUAUCACCUAUGGAAUCACUGCCAAUAAAACCAGCAUUGCCUUGCCAGACCAGUUCAAGGAGUCCUUUACAAAUAGCAUACAAAAUGCCAGGUAACCAUUAUGUACCAGUAGACCUUCACAACAGCUCAGUGAAAAUUCAAAUGCAGCCUGCGAUUGACUGUAAAACUGGAGAUAAAGUCAUGCAACCUAAGAAUUUUCUUAUUCAGCAGAACGAAGGAAAAAUUAUAUCCAAGGACAUUCAGUCACUGAAACAAAAGUCUCCUGAACUGCACUGUACAACUUUCUCACAAGCAGCAAUUGUCAAUGUUUCUUUAACACCUGUCCUGGUAACACCAACUGCACAUGCUACCAAUCAACCACCUAGUACAAUUUUUAACAAGAAUAUUAUGCAUCUGUCACAACUAACUAGUCCUGUGAACAGACUGCACCCACUGCAUUCUAUAACCUCAACAAGUAACUUAUUAUCAUCAACAAUUACAAUGAGCCACAGUGAAACUGACAAAACCAAGAGUACAGUUUCAGCUGCCACAUUCCCUAUAUCUUUGGCUUUACCCACUGUUUCUACAGCUAGUCAGCCUUUUACAUUAGCAACAACAUUAAGUGGAUCCACAAAUUCUACUUCAUCCUUUAAUAGUCUCACAUCACAGAAGAACAGUGACUCCUCUGAAGUUAAGCAAGAACUAAAAACAGUGUGUGUAAGAGAAUCACAGUCUAUUCUGGUCACAACACGAGGCGGGAACACAGGAAUUGUUAAAGUACAGACAAACCCAGACCAGACUGCAUCUAAUAGUUUAUCUCCUAGUUCAUUUUUUGCUUACACACCUCAACUUCAGGCAUUUUUGGUGCCAAAAUCCACAAUGUUAUCAACUUCUACUCUUUCAUCUAUAGCAACAGCCACAUCUGGUUUUCCACUUUUUGGACAAUCAUCUGUUUCUGGGUUUGCCACCUCAACAGCUACUUCCGUCAACAUUCCAGCUUUUCCUGCUGGUUUAAAUCAGAUAAAGGGGAAAAAUUUCAAAAAUACAUUAGGGCAGCCUCCUUGUGGGGGCAUUUUGGAUCAAAUAGAGAAAACGUGCCAUGUGUCCUCUCCUACUUUUUUGUCCCCCCUUUCAUCAACUAGCACUUUGAUGUCAGAAAUUCCAAACAGGCCUGUUAAUGCAAUUAGUGUUGGACAGAAUAACACUGGUAUUACCCCAAAUUCUUCAAUAGAGCAACAAGGUAAUACUAAAAAACAUCCUCUUAUACAAUCUGAGACUAGUACAGCAAAAAAUGGAGAUGUAAUCAGUGGUACUCCAAUUCAAAAAGUUAUGUUAGUCACAAAGCCACCUAUUUUGUCUCCAUGUGGGGCUACAGGAGUCAAUGUUAUACCUUCUCCAAAAUCCACUAGUGUAAGCGCUCAGAAAUUAGUUUUCAUUAAUACUCCACUUCCCAGUGGUGCAUCUAGUCUAGUUGCAGAGUCAUCAAAACAAACCCUCCCUUCUCCUCUAAACAAAACCUUUGUUAGUGACACAGAGCAGCCACAGUUGGUUCUGAUCCCAUCUACAGUAGAAGCACCAAUAAAAAAAAAAUUACCACCUAAUGUGACUCAAGUAAAAGAUGUGAAAAUUGGACUAAACAUAGGUCAGGCCUUUGUAAAUACCAAAUGCACCGAACAACAAGCUCCAUCAAUUAAUAUAUUGCAAUCUGUCAUUUCUAAAGGAGAAGACAAAAAGAGGAUGGGCUUUACUUUAUGUUUGUCAAGCAGUGGUAGUUUGGUUCCAGUACGUUCAAGUUUCGCAAGUCAAAGUGUUACAUCAUUGAGUGAAUCCAUAGGUAUUGUAACAAAAGCUGCAACUGCCUUUACAGUAACAGCAGCAAAUGCAUGUUUGGAAUCUGUUUCAGUAACAUCAAGUGAGACUUCUGUUGGGAUACAACCUACCAUCUUGAUUGGUGGAAACAACACUUCAAGAAUAAGGCCAGUUUUAGCUAAGCAACUGUGUACAUCAAAUAUUGGAAAUACUGUGGGUAUAUCAACUGUGGAAACAGGACAUCUUGCUUCAUCUGUGCUAAUUUCAACUACACAACCAACAGUAUCUCCUCAAAACUUAUCAUCCAUUUUACAAUUUCCAGCUGUUAGCCUGCCUGGAUCUGUAGCCACCUCCCCCAAAGUGAUACAUACAGUUCCUCACUUCACAGCAGUUCCAGCUCUCCCCUCACUUCCAAAAGACCAGCCACACACAUUGCUUCAGUUUCAGUCACCAGGAAAUUCAGCUGCUGUGAUAACUAAUGCAGAUAAUUACAAGCCUCAAACUGUAUUGUCCUCUACUUCACAAAAUACAGGUAAAGUCAUUAGUUUUCCCAACUUUUCUUCAAUACAAUGCCAGCAGACGCCUCCCAAUAUAGCGAAACAAAGUCAUACUUGUACUUCUGCUAUUCAGAUGGCUACAGCUUCACCCACUGUAAAAAGCCAGGCAGGAGAUCAAUUGAAUGAACCUUGCAUGCAACAGAAAAUAAUUAUUAACACCUGUAUGCCUUUGGCACCUGGAACUGAGCUAAUGAUUAAUGGUACCCAUUUUAUUGUUCCAUCACAAGGCCUUGGACCUGGCAGCCAUGUUCUUCUCCUCUCUUCUAAUGCAAAGCAGACUCCUCUUCCUUUAGCUAUUAACCAUGGUCAAGGAGCUCAAGGUGUACCAAUUGUUAAUCCUAUACCCCUGAAGAUUACCCUAGCACCAACUAAUUCAUUAAGUUGGCAAACAUCAAAGCAUCCUUUGAAAAGCUCUACAAAAAUUGUGAACUCUUCUGGGUCUGCAAAUGCUUUACCCACUGUACACGCAGUGCCCCAUAUAUUGAAUACUCCUGCCAGUGCAUGUGCUCCACCGUCAACAACAACACUGUCUACGUCUUCAGUGAUAAAGCCUCCAGCUAAUGUUUUAGUUGCAACUUCUUUGAUUUCUGCCAUGCACCCUGGGAACUGUCAGUUAUCAAGUAACACUUCAGUGUUUGACUUAGAUACAUCUAUCAAAAAACUGUUGGUCAGUCCAGAGGGAGCCAUUUUGAAUGCUAUCAAUACUUCAGCAUCAAAAGUUUCGUCACUACCUCCUGUUAUAGUGUCCACAAACAGAAAUCCUAUUACUGUCUUUCCUCCUUUUCAAUCAUCUUGCCUAGAUAAACCUGACAAAGCUACAUCCUGAAUUUAGAGCAAAUGAGCUACUUUGAAAUGUCGGGGACUUUGAAAGUGGUUGUUAUAACGUAAACCCUUUCUUAUUUUGUUUAAAACAUAGCUGAUUUCUUACAAAAUUAUUUUGUUAGGUCUUUUCUGUUUACCUGUGGGGCUUGAGAGGAGGAACAAUAUAUUCAGUUUCAGUCAGAAGUAUGCUUUCAGAGGGUUAAUAAAAUGGUCAGAAAUGACCAAACAAUUAAUAAAUAUGAAAAAUUUUAGUUUGAAGAAAUCUAGUCUUUUGCAUAUGUUCUAUCUUACAAUGUGUACUCUAUGGCAGUGGUCUUUAUGAUAGUAUGUGUCUCCUCUUUUUAUUUGUCAAAUCUUUUUUUUAUUUUGUAUUGUUUCUGUAAAAUAGAAAUGCACUGUAAAAAUGCAGUCUAUGGUAUAAAAUUAUAUAUAGUCCUGAAUUCCUAACAAUCUGUACCAAACUAUAUGUACAAAGAACUAUGCUGUUUUAUUCAUGUUUUUUUUGACCCAAUGUAUAGGGGUUUUAAACUAUUUUAGUAAUUUUGGGCCAGUGUACUGUUCAGCAACAAUGCAGAAGAAUCUACAUGUAAUAAAUCAAGGUGCUAUGCUGCUUUGUGUUGGCAAUUGUUUAAAAGUAUGUAUAUCUGUUGCAUUGUGGCAGAAAAAAAAUAUAUAUAUAUAUGCACAUCUUUCCGUUUAAUGCAGAA